AAUCGGGUAGCAAAGUGUACGCGUCGUGUACCUCCCGCACAGACAUGGCUCCACAUGCAGAAGUAUCGGCACUAUAACCUUGAUUGAUCAGCUUCUUCGCUCGAGACAACAUGCAGGCUGCCAUGGAUAUCACGGCAAAGUAUUGCCAUGCAGAAAUGGAGGCGUACGGGUCAUGCGUGGCCUCCAACCCAUCAACAUGGCAGUCGAAGUGUCACGAGCUGAAGAUAAAGGUUGCACAGUGCACAUCGUCGCACCCAGUGAUUCAGAAGAUCAAACAGAAUUGCUCCACAGAGUUUGUAGAGUUUGAGCGCUGCCUGAGAGAGAACCAGGACAAACCUACCUCCUGCUCAUUACAUGUGGCUCGCUUUCUGGGUUGUGCGGAGACAGUAGACCUCAGUGGAGUGGAUCCGGCACCUCAGCCAUCGUAGCAUUCAGACAUCUUCCAUCACCUUCAGAUUACUAGUGUUUUUUAGAAGCAAGGCAAAUGGGCUUGUUUUACAUUCGUCCCCACUCGUGUUAAUGUGUGUACAGUUUAUGUUAGGAUGUCUGUGUUCCUCAUGUGACUUAUUUCAUCUUUCUUCAACAAAGAUAAAUAUGAAUGCAACAUUACAGACUGUGAGUUCGACUGCAUCGUUCUUCUCGUACUCCUCAUUGUAAAUGUUGUGUUCAUGUGAAGAUAACAUUUAUUAUUGCCUGUAUGCAAGAAGUCUGUUUUUUUUUUUACAGAUUUUUAUUGAACCAUCUCAUUAAAAUGUACAUCAGACUUGUA